AGGACCCGCGGGUGGGUUCCGGGCGGGGACCCGCAGCCCAGGGCAGGAGCCGGAGUCCGGCUCGGGGCCGCGCCCGCCGGGGAGGUGUCCGGGCUCUGUGCCUGCCCCUGGGCUGCUCCGCACCUGGUGCUGUGGGCGUACCGGGAGCGGUCCCGAAGCGGGUGGCGGCGCGGGCUGGUCUGGAGCAUCGCUCUUCCCGGGCGCCGUACCCUGCGAAGCCUCGCAGUAUUACUCCAGGAGCCGCCGUAUCGUCGGGCAGGUGCUGCACUGAAGGCUACCAGCAACGGCUUUAUGUUUCCCCUUUCAACGACGUCUGCUUCAGAAAUUCAGAUUUUGACUUGAGGAGAAAGCAGUAGAAAAAGGAAGUGGGUCAUCUCUUCCCUGGUGGUAUUUCUAAACUCAUAUGAAGGAUGUUGAAGAGACUGUCUCACAUAAAGAUCUUGAAAGGCUGCAGGGACUUCUUUGCCAGUGAGAACUAAAGCAUGACUGCCAUCCAGGAAGUGAGUGGAUUUUUCCUUCCAUUUCCCUGAAAAAAUUGCCAAAAUCCUGAGAAACCAAUUUUUUUUUUGGAAGUUGUUGAAGCUCUUAUGAAUAGAGAAGAGGAUAUUUUUUUUUAGCCCUAUAAAGCUACCUGGUAUUUGAAAUGCUGAAGAGGAAAUUACGGUUUUGCCACAACUCCCGUUUCAGGCUUUUCUUGGGUCUAACUCUCAUUUUAGUAAUAAUUUCAGUUUUGAAAGUUAGCCAGAAAGAAGACUUCCUAAAUCGAAGACAUCUGGAGCUAACAAAAGAAGAUCCUAUUAGUGAUGUUAACUGCACCAAGAUUAUUGAGGGGGAUAUAGAAGAAAUACAAAAGGUACAGCUUGAGGCAUUAUCAGUGUCAUUUAAGAAACGUCCCAGACUAACAACAGAUGAUUAUAUUAACAUGACUGCAGACUGUGCGUCCUUCACCAAAACUAGGAAAUACAUUAUGGAACCUCUUAGUAACGAAGAAGCCGAAUUUCCAAUUGCUUACUCAAUAGUGGUUUAUCACAAAAUUGAGAUGCUUGAUAGACUUCUAAGAUCAAUCUACGCUCCACAGAAUUUUUACUGCAUUCAUGUAGAUAAAAAGUCUCCAGAAUCCUUUUUUGCUGCUGUGAAGGGAAUAGUCUCAUGUUUUGAUAAUGUCUUUAUUUCCAGCCAGUUAGAGAGUGUGGUAUAUGCUUCAUGGAGCAGAGUGCAGGCAGACAUUAACUGCAUGAAAGAUCUCCACAGAAGAAGUUCAAACUGGAAAUACCUAAUAAACCUAUGUGGUAUGGACUUUCCUAUAAAGACCAACCAGGAAAUAGUAGAGAAAUUAAAAGCCCUUAAGGGUGAAAACAGCUUGGAAACAGAAAAAAUGCCUAUUUAUAAAGAAGUAAGGUGGAAGAAACACCAUGAGAUUAUUGAUGGUAAAAUAAAGAACACAGGCAUAGACAAACAACUACCACCUCUCAGUACUCCAGUUUUUUCUGGCAGUGCCUAUUUUGUAGUUAGCAGGAGCUUUGUAGAAUAUGUACUAGAAAACAGCAAAAUACUUAAGUUCAUUGAGUGGGCGAAAGAUACUUACAGCCCAGAUGAGUACCUGUGGGCAACAAUUCAGAGAAUCCCUGAAGUCCCAGGCGCGUUUUCUUCUAGUGACAAGUACGACGUUUCUGACAUGAAUGCACUGGCCAGGUUUGUCAAAUGGCAGUACUUUGAAGGUGAUGUGUCCAAAGGUGCACCCUACCCUCCAUGCAGUGGAGUUCAUAUUCGCUCUGUCUGUGUGUUUGGAGUAGGAGACUUGAACUGGAUGCUACGAAACCACCACUUAUUUGCUAAUAAGUUUGACACUGAUGUCGACCCUUUUGCAGUGAAAUGCUUGGAAGAGUAUUUGCGGCACAAAGCUCUGUAUCUGCAAAAGAACUGAAAUGUGUGCUCCUGUUAGGAAACAUAGCUACAAAUACUCUACUGCGACUUACUUUAACGUGUUACAGCAAUCGUGGUGAUGCUGAUAAUGGGUGUAAUGGCUCCCACCAUGUUGGUGUGGUGGUGCUCAUGCCCUGCCUUGCCCACGGACAAAGGGCAGAAAAGACGUGUCUCAAGUAUGCCUUGUGGCACACUGAGGUUUGGAGCUUUAGAUACAAAAUCAGACAGCAGUUUUUGGAAAGCCAGCUAUUUGGAAUAUUUAUUGUCUAGAAGUUAUAAUUAAUGGACUUCCUUUGGCUAAACUGUUUUAAGGCACAGAAAAUGCGUGUUAUUCGUGGUUAUUCUCAAUUUUUUUUUUCCCAUGAAUGUAAUGCUAGCUGGAAGAGAAAGAUGAAGGGGUGGGGUACAAAGCAGCUGGACUGCACUUCAUACUGAAUACUAAAAGAUCUCAGGAAUAUAACAUUAGAAAUUAUCUAAAAGCUAUGCAAAAGGGGAUAUGCAAAGCCAGCUGUUACCAUUUUACUUAGAUCUGUUUGCUGCAGUUCUGUUACAUGUAAUUCUUAAUCCUCCUGAAAAUUUUGUCUUCAGCAUGGAGUAUUAAAGAAUUCAAAUCUUUUAUAUUCUUAAAGCACCCUGAUAUUGUGAUAUAAAGUUUAUACUCUAGUUUGUAAUUACAUCUUCUCAGGAAAACUUCAGUUUUGUGCCUGAUGAGAUUUAGACUUGUAAUUUUACAUUUCUUACACUAUGGGGAGUUUUGCUUUUGUAUCCAAAAUAGCUGAAGUUUCUCAGAACUUAAAGAGCUGCAGUAGUGUCUAAAUAUUACUGAUGGAACUGCUGGUUUCUGCUUUCUGUCAAGCAUUCCAGAUUAUUUUAACACUAAGUACAGAAAAAAUAAAAUUAUUUUUUUUAAUGA